AUGACAAACUUAGAAAACAUCUGUGGUAAAUUUAACUCUUCAAUUGAGAAUAUGAAACUUAUAGUUUGCAAUGAACUUCAAAGUAUAGAUACAACAAAAGUUUUAAACUCAGAUGCUUUGAAGAGUCUUAUAACAGAUAAAGUUGGAGUUGUUGAAAGAAAGUAUAAAGACUCAAGAGUUUGUGAGAAUGUUGCAAACUUCAUUAUGGUUUCAAACAAUGCUGUUCCGAUGAAGUUAGAAAGUUCUGACAGAAGAUAUGUAGUCGUCAGAACGUCAGAUUCUCAUAUGCAAGAUACUGAAUAUUUUGACGCUUUGUCAGAAUGUUUGACAUCUGACUUUUACAACCACUUGUUCUCAUAUUUCAUGACAUUAGAUAUUUCUAACUUCAAUCCAAGACAAAUUCCACAUACCGAAGAGAGACAAACAUUGUUAGAAGCAAACAAGAGUGUAUAUGAACUGUUCAUAGAAGAAAGCGACUUUGAGUGUUUAGAUGAAAAGUCUUUAUAUGAUGAAUAUAAACAAUAUUGUCAAGAGUAUGGUUAUAUGCCAGCGUCUAAACGAACAUUCUUGGCAAAUGUCAAAAGUCUUUUAGACGUACAGAAUGGU